UCGUCCUCCUGUGAUCGAAGCAAACCAAGUUCACGUAAAGAACAGAUGCCCGUGAGACAAGAGAUAACUCGUCCGUGCUCCCCAUCGUCAAAGAGAAAAAGAUUUGACGUCGAGACGGUCUUUAAACAUGAGAAUCCAACGAGGCAAAUUGCCUACUCGCCGGAAAAGAAAUUAUCUCCGGUUGAAAAGCCAGAUGUGAAAGCGAGGCGUAUGCGAGACCUGAUCGAGAGGAGGCACUGCUCCUCGCCUGAUAGAACACGCAAUGUGACAGCGGUGCAGCAUCACAAAGAGGCACACAUCCCCUACGGACACAAGGUGCGACGCC